GUGUGGAAGGAGGCGGUUGCACCGUGACGGGAAGGGCGGCGCGCCGCGGCGGCGCCCGUUUCCUCUGUCGCGUCUCGGCGCCCGAGGAGGCCGGGGCCGGGCUCGCCCGUGGCCGGGGCGGCGGUGGGGUGAUGAUGGCGUACUUCGUGGAGAGCUUCUGGGUAGGGAAGCGCCGCGGGCCGGCUCCCGGGGAAAGGAACAAUGGGUUUGAUGUCCUCUAUCACAACAUGAAACACGGACAUUUGUCAACAAAAGACUUAGCAGACUUUAUAAGAGAAAGGGCUACAAUAGAGGAGGCAUAUUCAAGGUCAAUGACAAAACUAGCCAAAUCAGCAAGUAAUUACACACAACUUGGAACAUUUGCACCAGUUUGGGAUGUUUUCAAAACCUCAACAGAAAAACUAGCAAGUUGUCACUUGGAUCUUGUUCGGAGAUUACAGGAGCUAAUAAAAGAAGUUCACAAGUAUGGAGAUGAACAAAUCAAAGCUUAUAAAAAGACUAAAGACGACGUUUCAGGAACAUUGGAAGCAGUGCAAAAUAUUCAAAGUAUCACUCAGGCCUUACAGAAAUCAAAGGAAAACUACAACACAAAGUGUGUCGAACAAGAACGUUUGAAAAAGGAAGGUGCAACACAGAGAGAAGUUGAUAAGGCAGCUGCUAAAUCAAAAAAAGCUACAGAUACCUAUAAACUGUAUGUGGAGAAAUAUGCUGCAUUUAAAUCUGAUUUUGAACAGAAGAUGACAGAAACUGCACAGAAAUUUCAGGACAUUGAAGAAACCCACCUUCUUCGUAUGAAAGAGAUUAUAGAAUCACUGUCAAAUACCAUAAAAGAUAUUCAUUUACAAAUAGGAGAGGUGCACGAAGAGUUUAUUAAUAACAUGGCAAAUACUACAGUUGAAAGCUUAAUACAGAAAUUUGCUGAGUCAAAAGGAACAGGCAAGGAAAGACCUGGCCCUAUUGAAUUUGAAGAAUGUGACACAUCCAGUGCAGUUGAAGGGGUAAAACCACGGAAGAGGAAGCCUUUUGGUUUAUCAGGAAUAAUGAAAAAAGAAAAAGAUACUGAAUCUGUGGAGUUUCCAGAUGCAGACUCUAUUAACAUUCCUGAUGUAGAUAAUGAAGGAUACAGCAUAAAACCAGAAGCAACACAGGAUACCAAAGAGAAUGACUGUGAUACAUCCAGUGAUUCUGACUCAGAAGAUGACGAACCCAGGAGGUUCCAUGUAGAAAUAAAACCUGUCCAGCCAAAUAAUAGCUCUCAAUAUACCAUGCCUUCCUUGGAUGAAUUAAAGGUGUCAAUAGGGAACAUCACUCUUUCCCCAGCAAUAUCUCAGAGACACAGUCCUGCACAAAUGAAUCGAAAUUCAUCCAGUGAAGAGUUAACAAAAUCAAAGCUUUCUGCUCCAACUAAUGAAAAGGGGAACAAUGACCUCUUGGCAUGGGAUCCACUCUUCAGCAGUUCUCUUGAAUCUUCCUCAUCGGCUUCCUUGGCAUCCUCAUCCUCCUCAGCUACCCUAAAAGAGCACAGUAGGAGCUCCUCAUCUUCUACCACUGAUUUGCCUCGGUGUAGAGUAUCUGAGUCUUUGCUUGGAUACCAGACAGAUUCUAGGUCUACAAGCCCAUCCUCACCAGACUUUACCUUGAGCAUUUUCUGCAAAUCUGGUAUUACAGCAGCACCAUCAGGGAGUACUGGUACUUUAUCCUGUGUUUCACGGUCUCACAGUCAGUGGAUUUCCUUUGCUGAUGAACUUCUUACAAUUAGAGACAUAAGUGCAGAUAAGAAGGAGCCCCAAAGAUGGCAUUUUAAAACUGAAAAUGCCUGCCUUGCCUCUUCGGCUUUUCUUGGGAAUUCUUCCAACAGCUGUGCUUCUGAGGAUCAAAAUGACUUUUUCAAUAAUACUAUAUGCCAUCAACAAUUAUUCAUUGAAGAAACUGGCACUGCUGCUGAAAUUCCUUCUGCAUCAUCUUCAGCACUACUGGACUGUAGUUUAGUAUCUUCUUGUGCUCAUACAAAUAAGGCAAGGCCCACAACACCUCUUUCUGUAGGUACCAUUGUUCCCCCACCAAGGCCUGCUUCAAGACCAAAGCUGUCUUCUGGGAAACUUAGUGGGAUUAAUGAAAUACCCAGGCCAUUCAGCCCUCCAUUGACCUCUAACUCAAGUCCACCUCCUGCAGCUCCCUUGGCACGUGCAGAGAGCAUUUCCUCUAUAUCCUCUUCUGCUUCUCUCAGUGCAGCAAACACACCUACAGUUGGUGUUUCACGUGGUCCCAGCCCUGUCAGCCUUGGAAACCAGGACACCUUGCCUGUUGCAGUAGCCCUUACUGAAUCUGUUAACGCCUACUUUAAAGGAGCAGAUCCCACAAAAUGUAUUGUGAAGAUUACUGGUGAUAUGACAGUAUCAUUCCCAAGUGGGAUUAUUAAAGUCUUCACCAGCAACCCAUCUCCAGCUGUGCUCUGCUUCAGGGUGAAAAACACAAGCAAACUAGAACAGAUUCUUCCAAAUGCACAACUUGUAUACAGUGAUCAGUCACAAAGUGAUACCAGUACUAAGGAUUUUUGGAUGAACAUGCAAGCUAUAACUGUCUACCUCAAGAAAUUAUCCGAGCAGAACCCAUCUGCAUCCUAUUAUAAUGUAGAUGUUUUGAAGUAUCAGGUAACUUCAAAUGGCAUCCAGUCCACUCCCUUGAAUCUUGCAACUUACUGGAAAUGUAAUGCUAGCACUACUGAUGUGAGAGUGGAUUAUAAGUACAAUCCGGAGUCUAUGAAUGUGCCUAGUAUGCUGUCUAAUGUCCAGGUUGUGGUACCAGUAGAUGGAGGAGUAACAAACAUGCAGUCACUUCCACCUGCAAAAUGGUGUGCAGAUCAGAUGAAAGCAUAUUGGAAAAUAUCUAGCAUUUCAGAGAAGUCUGAGAAUGGAGGUUCUGGAUCCCUCAGGGCAAAAUUUGAACUUUCAGAAGGACCCAGUAAACCAGCAACACUUGCAGUGCAAUUCAUUAGUGAAGGAAGCACCCUUUCAGGAGUAGACGUAGAGCUUGUAGGCACUGGCUAUCGGCUCUCCCUCCUUAAGAAGAGAUUUGCCACUGGACGGUAUAUGGCAGACUGCUGAUGUACCUGCGAAAGUCAUUGGAUCAAAGGAGUACAAGAAGCUCACUCUGCCCUCUCUGCUUUUCAGACACUAUUUUAACAUGCAUUAAUUUUUUUUUUUAUUGUUGCCUACUUUAAGGUUGAACUACAGAACAGAAAAUGCACUUUUAAAAGUCAUUUUGCAAACCUUUUAUCACUUUAUAAUAGCACUGAAGUUAACUUCAACACUGUCUGUAAAUGAUCAACUGCAAUAUUGGGGAGAAUUUUUAAAAAUUUUAGCAAGUUUAUAUAGAUGAAAUCAAAAUAGUAAUCCAUAGUUGUAAUGAAAGUAUGAAAUCAUAUGUUAUGCUGUAAACGCUAAACCCUAAAAUGUAGGAGAGCAAGUAAGAAAUGUUUGAGCCUUCCAUAAGUAAUACUAAUUCUUCAGAUUCUUGAAUUGCCAGUUUUUAAAGAAAGCAGAGGCAAAGUCUCAUGUGGUUCUUCUGCCCACUCAUCUCACAAAACCAGCCGAGUUAGAGAUGUAUAAAGGAAAUGUAACUUGAUGCCUGUGUAUCAUAUAUGAUUAACACAUAAGUCGUUUCACAUAGGGGAUUUUUUUAAGUGCAAUGUGUUACAAAAUUGCAAAAGACGGCAGAGAUUUACUUCUGCAGCUAGUAGAUUUUAUAGGCGUUGUGUUUGAAUUAAUGCUGUAGAUUUAAUUUAUUUUUAUAUGAAUUGCAUAACGUUUGUGCCUUUAAAAAAAGCCUGUGCCUAUCCAAUCUGUUACUCACAUGCCUCGCUUCCUUUUUCUAAGUUUGACUCUUCAUCAAGAAAGCACGGUGUUUGUAUAAUACACAUGAUGUAAAAAUUCCCGUCACUGGGAUUUUAGAGGGCAGAUUUGCAAAAACUGGAGGUUGUUUUAAAAGAGAUUUUAAAGACUGGAUUACUUCCUUAUGGGGUGACGGCAAUAAAUGUGGCUGUAGCAAAGGGAGAUGCAGCAUGCAGGACUUUGAAACUUGGAGGUAGUAACUUCAAUGUCACCAAAGACGAGAGUCCUGAGACAUCACCCAACAUGGUAAAAGCAAACUUUUGAAAGCAUUUCCCUUCUCUUUGAAUGCAAGUCUUCAGACUCUGAGCGCUUUUGGGGUUGUGUGGUGUGAAUGUAAACACAGUACUUGGGGAUGAGUAGCAUUUUAGAAGGGUAUUUUAUGGCAGCAGGAUGACGAGUACUGCCACUUCCGUCAGUUUAGCUUUUUUCUGUAACUACUAGUUUUAAUAUUUCUGUUGUCAUCUAAUCUGCUUGCCACAGCCUAAGCACAGGGAAGUGACACAUUAGUAACCUUUUUUUAAAGCAAGUUGCUAAUUUAGAAAAUCUGAUUUGUAUUUGUAUGAUCAAGUGUUUUUAUUCAACGCCACAAUCGAAAGUAUUGGGGCGACACAUGGGGAUUUCGUAUGACCAUUUUGAAUACUGAUAAAUGUUUCAGAUUCUCUAUUGAAACAGUAAAAUGUGCUUGAACUAAUUCAUGCAAAACCCAUAGAGAAUUGGACUGCUGAAGCUUUACAGGAAACUAAGCUUUGUAGAGGCUACAUAAAUUCUAAUGCAUACUGCAGGAGUUCCAUUGUUAGCACUAAGCAUGUACUGUACUGCAGAUUUGAUUGGAAGAGUAUGUUUGGCUCUUAAUUUGCUAAUCUUACUGAAUGAUAAACUUGUAACUUAUAAAAUGGUACAGUCUUUUUACUGGAAUCUUAAUUGUAAUCUGCUUUGCAAUCAAACUGUGUUUAACAUGACAAUAUUUUAUCAAUGAAAACCCAAAACUGUAUUGGUAUUUCAGUCAAGUAUUACUUUAAUUUCUAAGUUAAAUGAAGUAGUUAUGUUUCAGCACUUUUAAACUAGCCUUCAUUCAGGUGAUUAUACAUACAUUUGCAUUGGGUGCAGGUUACAAUUUUGAAGCCAUAUAAGUUUGUGUACACUUUUUGUAAAGAAAUUCAAAAACAAUGUAAAAAUUACAUGUAGUCUGAUAAAAAAAAAAACAACCAAACACCACAUCUAGCAAGCUGGUUCUUGCUUGUGUAAACAUCAAUAUCCAUUGUAGCUGCCUCCUGGGAAAAUGAAUUUGUAAACACAGCUCUAAAGGAUCUGAAUUUUUAUGAAUUGUUACUAUGUCAGUCUGUAACUUAGAGCACACAAGUUUAUCUUACAAAAAUUGUAAAUACUUCUGAUUUUUCAUAAAAUGUAAAUUUUUAAAAAUGUGCACCCAUAAUAAACAUGUAAUAUAUAAUUUUAA